CGUCACUUCCUCUUCUGAUUGGCGACACAGAGUGGAAACAUUGUCUACUUCAUUGUGUUAUAGUUUAAAUAAAACAAAACAAAGCAAAAUGCUUCUCGUACGGAUGGCUACUACCCCGGCAACAAUCCGGCAUGCUCUCUCCGGAACUACAUCUCUGGUACCAAAGGAUGUUUGCCGUGGCUUGGCUUCGCUAACCACCACUGCUAAUGUUAAUGGAGGGAAGUGGCUGGAAGCUUGCAAGACAACUCCUUUGGGACAGCAUGGGACGGCUGCUAAAACCUUGAAGUACUGGAGCGGUGUGCAGUGCCAGACACGAGGCUUGUUCGGUCAGUGCCGGACAGGAGGUUUGGCCGUUACAAAACAAGCGCUGAAGCCUGGUCUGUCCAACCCAUUCUGGGUACAAUCGGCUGGCUAUGUUGCAUAUCCGCCUUACAUUAUUCUUGAUACGGCAAUCAGAGGCGGAAUACCUUCUGUGAGGGUGAUUACUAUUCAUGGCGUUCUUGACCAAGACGUCCACAAUUUCGUCGUUUCACUCGAAACUACCCGUGAAGAGCAUGCGGAUGUUCCUUUCCAUAUGAUGGCCAGAUUCAAAGAAAAGAUGUUGACUAUCAGCAAAAAGACUCAUGGGGAAUUCGAAAAGGAUGGUGCAGUAGUGCAUAAGAGCCACUUCCCAUUUACACCCGGCCAGCCCUUCACGCUGUCUGUUCAUGUUACACCGGCCGAGUUUAGAUUGGUAAUCAACAAUGUUAACUUCGAUACCUUUAAGCACAACAUCACUCGUCAGGUGAUCCAAGAAAAUUACUUUAGAGUUUACGGUAGACUCGACGUGACACACUUUAGCCUUGAAUAAAACUCAAAUGACAUCAGCGUGUUACAUUCAGAAAGAACAAGUCAAGUUCAGCGUGAAUAAUUCAAGUGAAAUGAACAAGCCAAGCUGAAUUGGAACAAUUUGAGUUAAAAGUGAACGUGUUAAGUUAAACGUGAACUAGUAGUUUAAAUGUCGAAUUAAUUUAAAAUCGUUUUACGAGUACAAUUGUUAAUCGUUUUAUAACCU